AUGCACGGCUUUGUCUCGAACAGCCAUCACGCCAUUCCAACCCCGACGUCUGAGGGCCAACAGCGCUGGCCUACUACUAGCGGCCUCGUAUCAGAAUCGUGGAACCACCGUCUUUUGGCCAUGCUCCCUGGAAACUAUCUUGCGCGCGCAUCUGCGGCGCAACUACUCGCGAAGACUCGGAUUGCAUGCAUCGCGACUGCUUUACCAUGGCUGCUCUCUCAAAGCAAGCUCCGUUAUAGCACUGAAGCCCCUUUCCGACCAAAAGUACAGCUUCCAAGGCUUGCUAAAGCUCAUCCCACUGGCGGUAAAUGUGCGGGUUGUGGCGCACUCUACACAUUUGGCCUUUGGGCCAAGCACUCGGAUGGUGGUGUGAUAUGCCGGCGAUGCCAGAACGAUCAAGUCGGCUGUACCAGUCCAAAUCGAGCGCACCCGGACAGAGCCUGUACGGACUGUGGGUCUGCAAGGACAAGUCGAUGGUAUUCACAUUCGAGUGAAAACGGCGCAUUCAGGUGUACUAUUUGUUACGAUCGAUAUACUGCGCAGCGUGCCAACCUCGACGGUCGUGUUUGUCAUGACUGUGGAGCAAAACAUUCCUAUAAGUGGAUUGCCCAUACACCCAAGGCCAAGAACGGACUAUACAGAUGCGGCUUUUGCAGCAAUAAGUUUUAUUUAAAUCGCAAAAGUCGAGUCUGUCGUGAUUGUGGGACAAAGUACACGAGCAGAUGGCUUUCUCAUCCGAGUGGGGAUGGUUCCUUUCGAUGCAAGGCCUGCUACAUGCGGGAGUAUCGCCGUGUACGGAAGGUCAGGCAACGCACACCAACAGCCGAGAUACCAAUCAAUGGGAAGACUGCAGGCUCAGGUGUGCUUUGA